UCACAUGUAAUGUAAGCAUCUGGACAAGAAAAUGUCCUAAGAAGUAGCAAUUUUUUAAAAUAUAAAUCCCAAAACAAGAAAAAAAAUUACUUCUUUUUUGGGUUUUGCUGUUGAAUCUUCAAUCUUGCAGAAGAAGAGGAAGACGGAGAGAUCUUCUUUGUUUCUCUUCCUUUAUUUUUUUUUUGUCGAACUUUUUGGAGAAAAAAGUGUUAUUUUUGGGUAAAUGCACACUUCCAUGGCGGCGAUCCGGUUUCUGGAGCAGUGUUUGUCCGAAGUCGAGUUCAAGUAGCUCCGGGUCUCGUCAACGGCGUUUAUCUGCGAAAAGAUCCGAGUACCCAUUCGUCCCCGAACGGUAAUUUAACGACCCAUUUCAUCGGAAGUUCGGAUUUUCCUGCACAUCGAUCUGAAAUUCCGGUUUCCAUGGAAAUAGUUCGAUGUCUGGUCUGGAUUUGGAAACUCUUCUUUGAUUGAAUGUCUGGUCUGGUUCUCCUGUUGAUGUUUGUCUUGAUUGAGCUUGAUGCAGAGCUAACAGUUUAAGUUAAGAGAGAUUUGGCAAUGUGUCUGUAACAUUUGGUACCAGAAGAGUUUCAUUGAGCAUUUGAGAUGAGAUCCUUUUGAUGAAAUGAUUAUAAGAAUUGUAGUUUUCAGAAUCUGAGAUUUGGGAUUGGAUUUGGAUUUGUUGGUUCAAAUGGCAUCGAUUAGAAGAACGCUGUCUCCAGUACCCAGACAGAGUUCUUCAGCAAACGGGGAAGCUGUCUCUGUGGGCUCUCCUCUGUCCAAAUCUUCAUCUUGUUCCCAGAACCAUGGAUCUGCUGCAACGGGUGGAGGGUUGUCUUCUUCAUUGCUUAGUUUAUCAGAUCCUCAAGCUUUGCUCUUUGGUGUAUAUUCUCCUAGAUCUUCCAGACCUAUUGAACGCUUGAAACCGAAAGGUCAGCUAUGGAAGAGAGCUCUGAUACAUUUCUCCUUGUGUUUCUCGAUCGGUAUUUUCAUCGGACUCGGCCAAUUUGCUUCCACGGAAUUCUCAAUGAGCUCCGUGGCCAAGCACCGAGCUUUCUCUUCUGACGUUGUUUCGAGUCUACAAGUAAAUGACAGUCAAGCAAGACACGAACGCCUGGGUUCUGAUACCAAAUCCAUGGAGAUUAAUUCAACUCAGGGGCACUGGAUGAUGUUUCAAGAACCGGUAAACUUUACAAAUGUUCUUGAACAAGAAUCGGGUCUGGUUUCUCGUAAGCUCUUGGUGAUUGUUACCCCCACGUAUUCUUGGCCCUUCCAGGCAUAUUACCUGAACCGUUUAGGACAGAUGCUGAAACUUGUCGAGCCACCUCUUCUGUGGAUUGUUGUCGAGAUGAAUUCUCAAUCGGUGGAGACUGCAGAGAUCUUGAGGAAGACCGGGGUCAUGUAUAGACAUCUGGUUUGCGAUAAGAAUGUGACCGAUGUGAAUGAUAUGAAAGUUCACCAAAGAAAUCUCGCGAUGGCCCACAUAGAAACACAUCGUCUAGACGGGAUUGUUUACUUUGCAGAUGACAGUAACAUGUAUUCAUUGGAUCUUUUUGGGCAAAUGAGAGAGAUCAGGCGUUUUGGGACAUGGAAAGUAGCUAAGCUAAACGGAAAAGGAAACACAGACACUGUAGAAGGCCCUGUUUGUAAUGAAACUAGGGUAAUUGGAUGGCACACAAGCCAAUCUUCUAGAUUCCGGAGAUUCCAUGCCGAAAUGUCGGGUUUUGCCUUUAACAGUACCAUCCUUUGGGAUCCAAAGCGUUGGCACCGACCUACUGUUGAACUCAUCAGACAGGCUGACACAGUUGGAGAUGAUCUCAAGGUGAGUUCGUUCAUCGAACAGAUUGUGGAAGACGAAACACAGAUGGAGGGAUUGCCCGAGGGCUGCUCAAACGUCAUGGUGUGGCAACUUCAUCUCGAGUCAUCACAUCCGUUCUAUCCCAACAAAUGGCUCUUGAAGAACACCAGAGGAGUUAACGUCUCACCACUCUUUUGAGGGUCUUCCUGUCCGAAGAAGGGAAAUCAGGAGAGAGAAAAGGAAGAUUUUCUUCCGGAUCUUGAACUGAAAAACAAGCAAACAUCAGUUAGAAGGCGAAGCCGGUAGGCCAAGGACUCUGGUACGAAUUCUCGUUGCCGUCCCGAGAGAUUCAUCACUGCCAAAACAUUUUUCCAGAACGCAAGAAUCGUUGUUUUAAGUUUGUGGUCUUUGGAUGUAUAGUUCAGAUUUCAUCAGAUGUUUAUUUGUGAAACAGAGGGCCGUGAGAGAAAGCCCUUGUGUUGGUAUUGUCUGUUUUACCAAUAUACGGUUAAGGGCCAUGAAAUCCAAUUGGUAGGGAUAAACCGGACCCGGUUUAACUUCUGUAAUUUCUUUUGUUCUCCUUAAAAUCUUUUUGGCAAAUGAUUAA